GGACAUGGAGGGCCUUAACUACGUGCCCGAAGACAUGGUUUUCUCCUUUAGCGACGUAACGCACGUUCUGGCGGAAAAAGUGAAGAGUACUUUUCAGGACCCUCAGCCAGCAGAAUCAGGGAGGUUUAUCAUUCCCUUCUUCAGCGGUUCCGGGGGCUGCAACGACGCCUUCACUGGAUUCGGGUUCCUGGCUUUCCUGCUGGCGCUGCUGGAUCUGAUCCUGGAGCUACAGGAUGGGAACCGAAGGAGGCGCUCUGUUCAGGAGGAGCUGAGCAAGGAUCCUGACAUCUUCAUGACUCUGGCGCUGGAGUCUGGCCCGGAGGCGCAGGGGGCGGCGGCAGCGUGCUACAGCCUGUACAGGGGCUUCCUCAACACACUGGCCACGCGAGACCGGGAGUGCGCCCAGAGGUUCAUGUGCGAGGCAGCGGAGGAGGCGGCGGCGUCCGGACCCCUUGGCAAGAUGAUUGCGACUGUGGCGAGCGCCAACGCCGCGUCGUGGCUGAAGAAGGAGAACGCUACUCUUUACAAAGGCGUGGAGGAAGCAGGAGCUGCGGGCGCUGCCGGAGUGGCGUGCGGGAUGAAGUACUCGCAGUGCUUCGGUCUCCCGCCCUUGUACCGGUACCCUCGAGUGUACACGGGAGACCCUGUGCGCGAUUACCGGGCUCCCGGUAGUCCUUCCUUUAAGCCGAAGGAUUCUUGAGGUGACGGAAGGGAACGCGUGGGAUCUGGCAGAUCGUUGUCUGUUUACCUAUUCAUUAUUUUUUUGCAAGGCAGCAGCGUGUGAGUGGCAAUGUAUCGUUGUGAGAUUUUGUUACGAUUUUUAAUUACUGUACUGUACUUCUAUGAACGCAAGGCAUACAUAUAUAUCAUUUGAUUUGUCAUACGUUGCUGUAUUACUUCUUGUUAAAAUUCCUUGCACAUGAGCGUGUUGAAGAAACUACCUGUAUUUGAGUUAUUUAAAGCGAAUGUAUCAAACUUUAUAUGACAUAGUACAAUUACAAUAACUUUCCAUCUAGAGUAUCUACAUAUAUACUGUUCCUUUUAUGCCACAUGUUAAUGUUUGUUAGAUGUUAGAGCAAACUUAAAUCAAAGCACUGGCACUCC